CCUCUCGAUACACUCGAAGACUGUGGAUGUCUCAGCAACAAACAGCUUCAAAGCCUUCUCUCUCGGGGGUAAAGAUCAGAGCACGCAAGGGCGCUGUCAAGGCCCACGCAAAGUACGAACCAUCAGUUUUCCGCGACCAUCUAUACAAACAUCUUGAGACCGUAUCACAGGACGACCUUGACCAGAUCACCAACAAACUCAUACAGGCUGGUUCUACUCUUGAUUUUUCCAAGUAUGCCGACGCUCUCUUCGAAAUCAUCCUCGUCGGUGGCCUCAUUCAGCCAGGCGGUACAUAUGCCGACGACGGUGUACCACGUUCGCCUUUCACUAUCUUCAAUGCCAAAGACCCGGCCGAGGUAGAUGACCUGAGGAAGUAUGUCGACGUUUUGAACAAGCUUAUCAGAAGAUAUAAAUACCUUCAGAAGCCACUGGAAACUACCACUCUACCAGGUCUCCUCCAGUACAUCCAUCGAUGGGAGCCUUCUCAGAAGGACAAGCUUUCGAUCACUAUUGGCCUUUUGAUGUCUCAGGGCCUGGCAAGUGCAUCGUGUAUCUCUGGAUUGGCCAAAGACCAUCUAGUCAAGGAUGAUGUCGCCAUCAAUGUCAUCACUAUCAUUUUUCGGUCAUACCUGACCGAUCAGUCCAUGGAACAUCUAGCCGGUGCCCUCAAGAAAGGCGGAAUAAAGGAUCUGCUCGCAUUCUUCCCGGUCUCUCGUCGUGGCAGUAAGAUUCUAGAGGAGCAUUUCCGGAAAGAAGGCCUGCCUCAGGUCGCGGAUUGGUACACCAAGAGACAGAAUGCUGCCCUUCGUGAAGGCGUUAUCAGCGAGCUCCAAGAGCUCGUCUCGCGAGGUGAAAGCUCAGAAUCCAUGAUUUCGGCUAUACAGGCGCGACAAGAAGAACAGCCUCUUGGCGACGCAGAACUGAUUCAGUGCAUCUGGGUUGGUCUCAUGCAAUCCGUUGACUGGAACACUCGACCAGACCAGAUUGAGGGUUUGGCGCUGCGAGAAGUCAGCAAUUCCGCUCCGGUUCUUGAGGCAUUUUGCAGCGGGCCAAAGACUGAAGUUGCUUUGAUCAACACUGUCCAGGUUUUCUGUUACGAGGACACCAGGAUCAUGAAGGUUUUCCCUCAAAUGCUAAAGGUUUUGUAUAACAAAGAUUGUGUAUCUGAUCAGGCCAUUAUAUACUGGCAUCAGAAAGGAGCCAAACCCCAGGGCAAACAGCACUUCUUGAAGGCUACCGAGACACUAGUCAAAUUCUUGCAAGACCAGGAAAGUGAUGAUGAGGAGUAGAGGAUGUUGUGGAUUAUAUGCGCACCCAGCGCGAAUUAUGUAUAAAGCACUUCCAAGGGAAACAGGCAGACUCCAAGCUUUACAGAAAGCAAGUACUACAAAGUACUAUGCGAGAUGUGGACUAGUGACACGGAAAUAUUCGUACAAAUAAUGAGACCGGAAUGGGAACACUGGAAUAGGUCAUAGAAACAGCCUACCAUGCUUCGGGCAUCGGGGCAAAGUCGCCCGACCAGCCGUUUGACCCAGUCAUCUGUAAGAAGAUGCCAUCCG